CGCCAAUCUCUAAUCCUGUUCACUUUAUCGGCUAUUAUUUAUAAUGACAGACCAGUUUGCCUUUUUCUACCCUUCGCCGCUUGAGGGCUAUGAAAACCUUCCCCCUCUUCCAGAGUAUGUGUAGGACAGCAAAAGCAUCUGGCAACCGCAGCAUCACAGUUCGUUUUUCUGAUGCUUCGAUAUUGGGCUAGGGAACGCAAUGAAGAUGGGAAGUCGUUCAGGAACCCGCAGCAUGGGAUCCUGAGCAAGGCAUACGAGGAAUUCCCAGACCCACUGGAGAAAGGCCAUCGGGGUGGCUUCGAUAUUCACAUCUACCACUACCAGAACAACCCAGACCAGGUCAACUUUGCCAAAGCGCUUUGGCAACGGAUACGUCAUGAAUGUAAUCCACAAGCCUUUCCUCCAGCCAUUGCGUUACCUAUCUUUGUUCUCGAUUUCCAUCCCGAAGAUGAAAUAGACCUGAGAGGAUAAAUGCAUGCCGGAUGUGAACUGCAACGGUAGCAUAUGAUAUCUCCAUUUCGAGAAUCAAUUCAAUCAAUCAUCCCCACUUUCUUACUUUUAUUGAACUUAACUGCGCAAUACUCACGAACACAUCCGCCGGCAUAGUUCCCGAACUUCGCAUCUAUUCCUUCUUCGACCGGCCCAUUGGACCUCAUACAGUCGCGAUGUUCGAAGUCAACCUUUUUACUCCAGCGCAAUUUGGGGCUUUUGUCCCGUGGCUUAUCAUAAACCGUGGCCCGCUGAGCGCCCUGAUCCAUCCCAAUACGGGGGAUGAGCGGGAGGAGGAGCGAAACCAUACACAACGAGCCACAUGGAUGGGCGAGCGUAUACCCCUGGACCUGCGCGUGUUCAAGCUCAUGCGAGAGAAGCAAGGGCCCUGAAGAAGACGAAGAAGAAGGAGGCAUGGGCAACUUUUCGACAAUUUUUUCCUUUCAGGACGAAUGAUGUAAUGGUCAGGUUAGCUUGGCUUUCACGGUUAUUGUUUGUUUAUCCACCCAGUUCCGGGAAAAAAUGGCGCCAUCACUGUACCAGUUAUUAAGCUCCUCAGUGAGGUGGUUGAUCGUAUUUUGUUUUCUUUGGGGGGCCAUAAAUUAUGCAAACCUCUUUGUUUCAUUAUCAUUGUCAGCUCAUGUAUGGGACAUGCGGGUUCCCGAGAUGAUCUUCAUGCAAAAAAAAUAUGGAAAAACGCCUCCACGGCUGUGAACACAAGACACAAAUGUGCAGGUGGUAACACACUACGCAGCAGGUUUUGCUUGACAUACGGAUCAUGGAGGGGCCCUAGAUGAAUAUGGCACUACAUCCAUACAUACAUACAUAAACUACGACAAGGUCCGUCGUUCUGCUGCUGUGUGAUGGUACCCAUUCUUUUUUUCUC